AAUCUUUAAGUUUUAUUUUUAUCAAAUGGCUGAGAAAAGCAAAGUUUUGAUUAUUGGAGGAACAGGGUGUAUUGGUAAAUUUGUAGUGGAAGCAAGUGCAAAAUCUGGACACCCAACUUUUGCUUUAGUUAGAGAGACCACAAUUUCUGAUCCUGUUAAGGGCAAAAUUGUUGAAAAUUUCAAGAAUUUGGGUGUCACUAUUAUUAAUGGUGAUUUGUAUGAUCAUGAGAGUUUGUUGAAGGCUAUAAAACAAGUGGAUGUGGUGAUAUCAACUGUUGGUCAAGUGCAAUUGGCUGAUCAAGUUAAAAUCAUUGAUGCUAUCAAAGAAGCUGGUAAUAUUAAGAGGUUCUUCCCUUCGGAGUUUAGUAUGGAUGUCGAUAGGAUCAAUGUUGUGGAGCCAAUAAAGUCUACAUUUGUUGUGCAAGCCCAAAUCCGAAGAGCUAUUGAGGCUGCAGAAAUUCCCUAUACUUACGUCUCAUGUAACUAUUUUGCUGGUUAUUUCAUACCAAAUUUGGCUCAGCCAUUAGCCACUGCUCCUCCUCGAGACAAAGUCAUCAUUCCUGGAGAUGGGAAUGUUAAGGCUGUAUUCAAUGAAGAACAUGACAUUGGCACCUACACCAUUAAGGCUGUUGAUGACCCGAGAACGUUGAACAAGUCCCUUUACAUCAGGCCUCCCAAGAACACCUUAUCGUUCAACAAGCUUGUGGCUAUAUGGGAGAAACUGAUUGGUAAAACUCUCGAGAAAAUCUACAUUCCAGAGGAGCAAAUUCUCAAAGACAUCCAGACAUCUCCAAUGCCAAUCAAUAUCGUACUAGCAAUCAACCACUCAACAUUCGUGAAGGGUGAUCAAACCAAUUUUGAGAUUGAGCCAUCAUUUGGGGUUGAGGCCUCAGAACUUUAUCCAGAUGUUAAGUACAUCACCGUGGAGGAGUACAUUGGCCACUUUGUCUAAACCACACGUUUGAUGUCUUCGAUCACUCAAAUAAACUGUUAGAUGAUCGAGUGUUAUCAGACAUUUUAUCUGGAAGUAUGAGUGCUUGUUAACUAUGUCAUCGGAGACACAUUGAAUGGUAUGUUUUAAGUCUGUUUUUUCUGUCCAUACUGAGUAGUACUAUAAUGAAACUACAGAAAACGGAAGAUA